CACUAGAGUUGGUGCCGCGACUGCGAAUCCGGCGCAAUGGCCGCGGCGGCGAUGGGCCUCGUGCGUGAGCUCCUGCAGCCACAGGGAACCACGAGCACCCGCCGGCUCUGCAGCACAGGUGUGGGCGUGGGCGUGGCGGCGGGCUUCCUCAGCGCCGGGACCGUCGCGUCGGCAUCCAGCGCAUGCCCGGCUUACCCGUGGUCACAGGACGGGGCGCGGGGCGGGCACAAGGUGUUCAUGCAGCACGACUGCGCGGCGUGCCACUCGGGCCUGCCGUACGCUGGCCUCGCCGACGAGGCCCUGGCGGCCGGAGGCGAGGUGGAAGCCAAGGCGGCCGAGAUCGUGGUUGUCCAUGACCACGAGGAGGAGGCAGCGCUGACGACGGCGACGACGCUCCACGGCGGCGCCUGCCCGCCGGACCUCUCCGCCGUCACCAAAAUGCUGGAAGGGCUGCGCCGCGGCAACCUGUACAGCGCGGACGAGAUCAAGACGACGAUGUCGCUGGCUUCUCCUGUCUGGCUGCAGUUUCUUCAGUCGUACGUGAGGAUUCCCCAGGCACCCUGAAAUGCCAGCCAGAUUCGUCACUAGAACAUCCCAGUCCCAGCUCUAGUGACGUGAGUAUUCUGCUGCAGUGUGCCUGUGUGUCUGUUUCUUCUUUCUUGGAAGCUGCCAUGUCCGUGUGCGGGAACAACAUUUGGAUCCUCCUCCUCCUCCAUUUGUACUGAAAUAAAUCAAUCCU